GUAAACGUGAUGUUUACAUGAGGGGUGUUGAAAAACUUCCCUCCCCGCGAUGCCUGCAUCCGCCGUUGACUGCAGCUAAAGGUCACCGAGAAAGCUACGUGCCAGGUAUGGCUGUUGUAGACUGCGUCGGUCCGGAGGAGGAGAGCUGGAGAGGAGACUGAGUAGAGCCUCGGAAAUAAGAGAUCAGACAAACACAGCAAGCAGCAUGCCGUUUGGGAUAGUAACGCUUCCCACUGUCCGAUACCAUCAUCACUAAGCACUGAACAAAUAUCCAAAGCGGAGGGUAAUGAUGACAUCACAAAUUCAGACUGAUACAGUGUGAUCCAUCAUUCCUGGCCUGACGUUGACAUGGCAACAGGCAGGAAGGGGUCCACCUCAAAGGGAGGAAGUGUGCGUUUCCCUGACGACGAGGAUGCCAUGGGCUCCCCUGUUCACCGUGAGGACAAAGCCAAUGAUUCUUCCAUCCCUGCUCUCCCAGAGCCUGAUGGGAACUUCCUGGUUAAGGUAGGGUUCCUGAGGAGUCUGCAUCGUUAUGAGAUCGUCUUCACCCUCCCAGAGGUGCCUGUGCUGGGGAAAGAUGUGUGCUCCCUCCCUUCCUCCUCAUCACCAACUCCCAGACCCCUCCUCAAAGUCAACCGUGUCACACCCACACCAGAGGGUGGGGUGAAGGUGACGUGUGAGUACACCACCCACCAGGAGGGGGUGCUGCAGGAGGAGCUGACCCUGGUCAGCCGGGGGAAGAAGGACCAACGUUUGCGGGUCAGACUACAGGCCCGGGUCAUGGAUCGUCACCAUGGUACUCCUCUGCUGCUGGAGGGGGUGCGGUGUCUGGGGACGGAGAAAGAAAAAAGGAAAUGAGCCGUCUGUCCCUUUAUAUCUUCCCCCUCCUGUUGAGACCAGCCAUCGUCUGUCCCUUUAUAUCUUCCCCCUCCUGUUGAGACCAGCCAUCGUCCGUCCCUUUAUAUCUUCCCCCUCCUGUUGAGACCAGCCAUCGUCCGUCCCUUUAUAUCUUCCCCCUCCUGUUGAGACCAGCCAUCGUCCGUCCCUUUAUAUCUUCCCCCUCCUGUUGAGACCAGCCAUCGUCCGUCCCUUUAUAUCUUCCCCCUCCUGUUGAGACCAGCCAUCGUCCGUCCCUUUAUAUCUUCCCCCUCCUGUUGAGACCAGCCAUCGUCCGUCCCUUUAUAUCUUUUCCCUCCUGUAGAGACCAGCCAUCGUCCGUCCCUUUAUAUCUUUUCCCUCCUGUAGAUACCAGCCAUCGUCCGUCCCUUUAUAUCUUACUCCUUUUGUAGAGACCAGCCAUCAUCCGUCCAUUUAUAUCUUCCCCCUCCUGUAGAGACCAGGCAUCGUCCGUCCCUUUAUAUCUUACUCCUCCUGUAGAGACCAGCCAUCGUCCAUUUAUAUCUUCCCACCCCCUCCUGUAGAGACCAGCUGUCGUAGUGGAACAAAACCAGCACUUACCUGCACUUAGCCACACACAUGCAUGCACCCGUAGUGGCACACACACACCUGAGGAGGCUGAUGGGAGGUGCUAUAGGGACGGCUUAGUGUAAAGACUGGAAUGGAACAUGUGGAACAGUAUCAAACAUAUAGACACCACGUUUGACUCCGUUCCAUGAAUUCCAUUCCAGCCAUUACAAUGAGCCCAUGUAACGGAUGUGAAACGGCUAGCUUAGUUAGCGGUGUGCGCUAAAUAGCGUUUCAAUCGGUUACGUCACUUGCUCUGAGACCUUGAAGUACUAGUUCCCCUUGCUCUGCAAGAGCCGCGGCUUUUGUGGAGCGAUGGGUAACGAUGCUUCGAGGGUGACUGUUGUCGUUGUGCGCAGAAGGUCCCUGGUUCGCGCCCGGGUAUGGGCGAGGGGACUGUUUAAAAUUAUACUGUUACACCCAUCCUCCUAUAGCUCCUCCCACCAGCCUCCUCUGACACACAAACACACACACACACAAACGUUUUUUUUGUGAUUAGCCCUGUAAUGAAGACCAAGGUGUCCAUGAUCACUUAUAGUUCCCCAAAUGUAAAAUGACACAUUCCUCAGUGAGGGAGCCAAUGUGUUUCAACAUCCACUGUAGGUCCAUUAUAUAACCAGGCACUGCAGCUCCUUUGUUUCUCGUCCCUUCUGUCGUUCUGCAACAAGAGCCAAGCGUCAACCAGCCUUAAACGAUCAGAAAGAAUAUUUACAUUUAAAUUAUGCACGUCAAUAUAACCUGUCAUUGUAUUAUGAUUUACACUGAGUGGACAAAACAGUAAGAACACCUUCCUAAUAUUGAGUUACACCCCCCCCAUUCACCCUCUAAAUGUCACACAUACACAAUCCAUGUCUCAAUUCUCUCAAGGCUUAAAAACCCCUCUUUAGCCUGUCUACUCCCCUUCAUGUACACCGAUUUGAAGUGUAUUUAACAGAUGACAUCAAUAAGGGAUCAUAGAUUUCACUUGGAUUCACCUGGUCAGGCUGUCAUGGAAAGAGAAGGUGUUCUUAAUGUUUUGUCCACUCGUUGUACAGUAUGUGUUCUGUGUGAGCGCCACCUUUCACCAACUAUGUAAGAGUAUGCCUUUUAGUCUCUGUAUUGUACUAGAUUCUCCUCUAUCUCUGUCAGUAAAUAAAAUAUCAUGUCAACCGUUAA